AUGAUGUCUAGUCUGGACAAUCCGACUCCUAAUACUCAUCCUCAUUAUUCUCCUAAUCCGAACGAAUCGUCAUCGUCCGAUGAUCUCAAGUUUAUCACCGAGCGAAGUGAUGAGGAUUCGAAUGCAGAUGCAUUUCCACAACAUGAAGAAUGUAUUGCUGUUCUUACUAUGAAAUGUGGUGAACCUCUUAUGGCCGUACGUAAGAAAUUACACGAUGAGAUUGCCAUUCCAUUUAUUCCAGAUGAAGGUUUUGGUGUUUUUCAAAGUAAAGUGGAACGUCAUUACAGUAAAUUAGGACCACAUUAUCUCCAAGAACGACGAGCCAUUUAUUUAAAACCAAGUAGUAAUGCAACGCAAUCCAAGUAUGUGCAAUUAACAAAAGAGAAUUUUGAUCCAUUACUACGUGUACGUUGGAAAGUUGCACGUAGUAUGAAAGUGGAACUCAAGUAUGAAGUGUUUUGUUACUUUGUGGAUAUUACAACCAAGAAAGAGAAGAAGAGAUUAUCCAUGAAGAUGUUUCAACAACAACAGCAGCAGCAACAGCAACAACAGCAUCAGCAGCAGACACCAGAGCAUAGUGUCGAGACAACCAUUGUGACAAAUGGAACCACUGUAUCGCCUAAUCCGUCCUUCAUGUCGCCACUUGGUCAGUCUGGAGGUAAUACAGGAUUUCCACUGAUUUCAAGCUAUGCAGACAUGUCAAUGGAUGGAUCACUCACGCCAGGUGAUAGUGUGGUCAAAGCUAAUGUCAUGAGGACGUCAUUGAACCAAAAGAACGGAGUGCGUGAUGAAUCGAUUCAGGCUAGUGAUCGCCCUAGGAAGGUUGCACGUGGGAAACAACCAUCUGUCAUUGCAGAUCAGCUACCACUGGAUGAGAGUGUUGAGGAACCUGUAUUUCAUACGAUUCCAUUCCGAAUCAAUGGAUUUAUGGUACCACUGGAGGUAGACAUCAAUGCACUAAAACGAAGUUUAGGUUUGCUACAUACGACCCCCGAUGCGCCUGCUGGUGACUUGGACGCGACCUCACAUUUGUAA